AUGUCACUUUCCAUGCACGCCGCCAGCGCAGAAGUCUAUGUGCGCAUGCUGCACAACCUGCUCACCUGGCUGGACAAAGCCGAAGAGCAUGCCAGGGCCAGAGGGUUUGACGGUGGGGCGUACCUGAGCACGAAGCUCUCACCUGACAUGCUUUCUUUUACCAAGCAGGUGAGCAUUGCCAGCGAAGUCGCGCGCUUGGGCGUUGCGCGCCUCGGCGCAGUCGAUCUGCCCGCGGCACAAGGUUCGGAUGACAGUUUUGACGGAUUGAAGCUGCGCGUGCGUGAUGCCAUCGCCUUUGUUGACGGUGUUUCACCAGAACAGCUGGAGGGCAGUGCCGGGCGAGAAGUGAUCCUUCCACAGCGGCAGGGCGAUCCUCUGCAUUUCACUGGCCAGACUUUCUUGCAGCAAUGGUCGCUGCCGAACUUCUUUUUUCACGUCACCAUGGCUUACGCCUUGUUGCGCCAAGCUGGUGUGGCCUUGGGCAAAGCCGACUACCUGGGGCCGAUGGCCUGA